CUGAACCGCUAAACAAGGCGAAGACUUUCCUGAGAGUCCCUACAGCAUGGCCCCGCAGGCUUAUGGGAAAUGUAGUCUCGAAGACCUGAUGGACCACUCCUCGGAGGACCCUGGGACCGCGAGCAGUCCCUACGUCUGCGCAUGUGCAGGCUGCGAGCGCGCCGGUGGCCGCCCUUCCCCCACCUCUAGCCGCGAGUGGGUCAGUGGGCCCGGGUUUUCGUGCAUCUUCGCUGUCCCGUGCUGUGACCCUGCCUGACACUGAGUCACGAGUAGAGACUGCCCCUCUAGGUCUGCUUUCAUACCCGUGCCUUUACCCAGCAGCUGCAGAAAAUGAACAAAUCCCAGGGGUCAGUCUCAUUCACGGAUGUGACUGUGGACUUCACCCAGGAGGAGUGGGAGCAGCUGGAGCCCUCGCAGAGGAUCCUGUACAUGGACGUGAUGCUGGAGAACUACAGCAACUUACUGUCCGUGGAGGUGUGGAAGGCCGACGACCAGAUGGAGAGGGAGCACGGCGACCCCGAGGAGCAGGCGAGGCCAUUCAUCAUCUUUAAGAACCAAAGCCCCGUGGAGGAGAGAAGCGAUCUCUUUGGAAAACCAUUCAAUCUGAGCACAGACUUUGUUUCCUUGAGACAAGUACCCUAUAAAUUUGACUUAUAUGAAAAAACUUUGAAAUAUAGCUCAGACCUACUUAACAGUAACAGCUAUAUAAGGAAGCAAGCUGAUGAGUACGAUGGGUUUGGAAAAGCGCUUCUCUACCUAAAGCAAGAGAAAACCCACCCCGGGAUGGAGUAUGUUGAGUAUGACAAAAGUGGGAAAGCCUUUGGCCAUAAAGACGCCAUUUUUAAACAUCAGAAAAUUAGAAAUUUGGUACAGCCUUUCAUUUGUAACUACUGUGACAAGACUUUCUCCUUCAAGUCACUCCUUGUCAGUCACAAGAGAAUACAUACUGGAGAAAAACCUUACGAAUGUAACGUGUGUAAGAAAACCUUCUCCCACAAGGCAAACCUCAUCAAGCAUCAGAGAAUUCAUACCGGGGAGAAACCCUUCGAAUGCCUUGAGUGUGGGAAAGCUUUCACCCACCAGUCCAACCUCAUCGUGCACCAGAGAGCGCACAUGGAGAAGAAGCCGUACGAAUGCGGCGAGUGCGGCAAGACGUUUGCCCAGAAGUUUGAACUUACCACACACCAGAGGAUUCACACAGGGGAGCGACCCUACGAGUGUAACGAAUGUGCAAAAAGCUUCUUCAAGAAAUCAAACCUCAUCAUACAUCAGAAGAUCCACACGGGGGAGAAACGUUACGAGUGCAGCGAAUGUGGGAAGUCCUUCAUCCAGAACUCGCAGCUCAUUAUCCACAUGAGAACUCACACCGGGGAGAAGCCCUACGAGUGCACGGAAUGCGGCAAAACAUUCAGCCAGCGGUCAACCCUUCGGUUACACUUGCGAAUCCACACAGGAGAGAAGCCGUACGAGUGUUCUCAGUGUGGGAAGGCCUUCAGCAGGAAGUCCCGACUCAGUGUCCAUCUGCGAGUUCACAUAGGUGACAAACCUUGAGGUCGCAGCCAGGGUGGACUGUGCUUCUGGUGGGGGAGAGACCUCCUAAGGUCCUGCCGAGUGUGGAAUUCACGCUGAGGUACAAUCUACCGACUCGAAAAUGUGUAAAACAAAGGGUCCCCUAAGAACAGUAAUAAAUAUACUGAGUGUUAGGUAUGAUACUCUAGAACUAAAGAAUACAUAUCAGAACAUAUUCAAGUGUAAAUGGACAUACUUAACUGUAUUGCAUUGAGCUUUUUAAAAUCUGGAAUGAAUUAUUCAAGAAUGAAAUAUUCUGGGAAGCAGCGGGAAAGGUCUACAGACAGUACCUAGGAAUUUAGUGGUUGUGUGUGUGAUUACACCACAAAAAAAACCCCACACAAAAAUAUACUUGGGAAAAUAUAUCUACACAUGUGAAUUUAACAGUCACUGGAAGUUUGAAAUUCUUGUCCUCUGCAAUAACUAGGACACAUCAAACAAGAUUUUCCAUAUUAAAUGUCACGUGUGUUUUCAGCAUCUUUGCAACUCAGUAUGUAUUCCAGAGGAAACACGGGACGGAUUUUAAAGUAGCAUGUAACGCGUUGUCUCCGACUGCCUGCUUGCUUGUAUGAGUUGGUGUGAUCAUUGUUACUGAGCUGCCUCCUGGUUAAUGGGAGGCAGUGCUGGGGUUUUAACCUCUUCUGGACUUGAAGAUUUUCUAGGCACAUUAUGUACGUAAAUAUGCAAAUAUGAGAUAAUUAGGAAGGAGGUCUGGAGAGGAAAGGGAGGCAGCUGUGGGCUGUAUUUCUCAGCGUGUACCACAGAAUAAAGGGGCUAGAGAGCACACGCACAUCCAUCAUGCUGUUUUCCAGUGGGGCGUUUACAUACAAAUGCAUGUCAGCUACCGAAAUGUGUGAUCCAGAAACCACCUGUAUUUUCAUGUUUCCCUAAUUUCUCUUAAUAUUUUAUGAAUUACCUUGUAAAAAAAUGGUAGAAUGUAUAUGUAGUACUCAAAUGUUAGUUACCUUUCAGAGACUUUAAAGGAAAAAUAAUUUAUUUUUUUUCCUGUCACUGUCACGUCUUGUUGCUUUUUAAAGUUUCUGUGUGCAUAGCCCACUGUGGAAUAAAUUUUUGCAGUAAUCUGAUUAGGGGAGGCAUUUGUGCUCUCGAGUUUCACUAUCAUCAACCUAAAGCAAUUCCCUUUGGAGUCUGACUUAGUGUAAGUCAUGCCUUUACUUUAAAGGUUCACAAACACUUUUAUAAAUGAGACCUGUUCAGUGAUCUCCCCGUGUAUGUUUAACUACAAAAAUGUAUCUUUCUUUGUGUAACCAUUUGAGGCUUGAUUUCAGAUUCACAAUUUCCUUCUUUUCCUGUCAAUCACAAAUCAGGCCUUAGGAUUGUAAAUGGUGGCUAUAACUGGCUUUUUUUAAGUUAAUUUUUGAAGAUCACUGACAGACUGUAACUACAUAUGAAUGUGACUUUCUGAACAAAUGUACUAGAACAUCCAUAGUCCAAUAGGUGUUUAAGUUGUCUCAUUUUAUCUGCCAACAGUGAGGAAGCAGCAGGGGGAGAUGGAUUUCAUACUCUGCUGUUAGAAUGUGCAUUGUGGCAGGCCCCUUGGAAAUCAUUGUGAGACUGUCUUUUCACAUUAAGAAUCUACAUACUCUUCAACCCAGCAGUGUCAUUUUGGGGAACCUAUCCCUAAAGGAAAAAAAAGUGCCAGUACUUAAGAUUAUGUGUAUCAAUGUAUAUUGUAUUUUUUGGCAAGGGCAAAAGGAAACAGUGUAAAUGACCAUUGGUAGGGGAAUGAUCGAGUACACUGAAGUACAAACAUAUCGUGGCUGAUGGUAUUCCAUAGAAACAAUGUGGAGGAGCAACACCUCCAGGUCGGAUGAGGAAAGAGGGUAGAGUAUACCAAAUUUUGUAAAAUAAAGACCUAAGAACCGUGUGCAUGUGUGUGUAUUUGUAUAUGACUUUAUGAGCCUGGAGAAUAGACUUCUCCUAAGUAAAAAAUAUAAUUGCCAUUACUUCCAGUGGAAAAAUUUUCAUGCAUUCCUCAGUCCCUAAAUUAACACUCAUUUAUACCAAAGACAACACCUUCACCCAUUGCAACGGUCAGUUUGUUGAAUAACAUUAGUUAGCUCAGCAGGACAAGGCAGGCUCUAGCUCUCACGGCUGUGAACUUGAGCCCAAGUUCUCAACAAAAGCACAUGUUUGACAUAAAUUGUGUAUGCACUGGAAACCUUAUAUUUAAAAAAAAGGAAUAAUAGCAAAGAU